GAUCCGGAUUUAAAGGUGAAUAAAGCCAGAAGUCGGCUGUAAUAAAGCGGUACUCUGUGUGUUUUUAGGACAGAGUGGAUUGAUUUUGGAAAGUCUUCUCCCUGACUCUGUCCGGAUGAAGCAGCUGGAAGGAGUGAGCAGGAUGGACUGCACACAGCUCUCAGGACAGCAGAAAGAUAAAGCAGGAAAAAUCUACAAAACACAACAACAACAACAACAACAACAACACAACAGCAGAGCCCUAGUGAGGAUGUGAUGUUUCCACAGCUGUUUGCGCGGAGCAUCACUGACAGACACUGGACUACUGGUGACUCGCGAAAAGAGUCGGUUCAUUCUUGGGUGAAUCGAUUCUCAAGUACAAGGGGUAUUUUACAAGUAUUGUUCCAGUGUAUUAAUGUGCUUCAAUCUUGGACUUUUAGCUGACAUUAGUUAUUGCAUGAAUGUGUCUUAACGUGGGGUUCGAACCUGUACCUGAACCUGUAGCCUACAGUAUUCCCAGUCCGAUUCGUUUGUUCGAAAGAACCGACUCUAUGAAUUGAUUCGGAGUGAGCGUCACUCCAGUGCAUUCACUGAUCCUGCCGGUUUGACCCAACCUCCCUCUCUGUGUGCCAAACCCUCUGAUGUGGAGAUUCAUGUGAGACAGGUUUCAAAGUGUGUGUAUAAAAGCUGGAGGCUGAGCAGCUCCUCACACUGACUGACUCUCAGCAUCCAGGCUGUGAGGAACCUCCAGAGAGGAAAACUUUCCAACUUGGACAAGAAAGAACCCAAAGGAAGCAUGUCUCACCACUGGGGUUACGGCACUAAUGAUGGUCCUGCCAAAUGGGCUGAUCACUUCCCCAUCGCUAACGGACCCCGGCAGUCUCCCAUUAACAUCGUCCCGAGCCAGGCCCAGUUCGACUCGUCUCUCAAGCCACUCAAGCUUCAGUACGACGCGUCUACAUCCAAAGACAUCCUGAACAAUGGCCAUUCAUUCCAAGUGAACUUCCUGGACGAGAAGGACAACGCAAUUCUGAUCGGUGGGCCCGUCACUGGCACCUACAGACUGAAGCAGUUCCACUGCCACUGGGGCGCGAGUGAUGACAAAGGGUCUGAGCACACAGUCGAUGGCGUCAGGUACCCCUGCGAGCUGCAUCUGGUGCACUGGAACACCAAGUAUGAGAACUUUAAUGAGGCCGUGAGCAAACCUGAUGGCUUGGCAGUUGUUGGAGUCUUUCUGAAGCUUGGUUCUGCCAAUCCCCGACUGCAGAAAGUUCUGGAUACCUUUGAUGCCAUCAAAGCAAAGGGUCAGCAAACCACAUUUUUGAACUUUGACCCCAAGAACCUGUUGCCUGCCUCUCUGAAUUUCUGGACUUAUGAAGGUUCUCUCACCACACCACCUCUGUAUGAGAGCGUCACCUGGAUCGUCCUGAGAGAGCCGAUUAGCGUGAGCUCUGCUCAGAUGGCAAAAUUCCGCAGUCUUUUGUUCAGCUCGGAGGGAGAGCAACCUUGCUGUAUGUGCGAUAACUACAGACCCCCUCAGCCUUUAAAAGGACGCAAAGUUCGCAGCAGCUUUAAGUAAACCGCAGAACGCACCUCUGACCCCGUACACUGAAUGCAUCUCAGCCAAUCAUAAUGCUUCUUUUCCUCAGAAUGUCCCUGUCGAACUCUGCAACUCAAUUCUUCAUUUUGAUUCAUUUGAAUAACUGACUCAUGUUAAACAAACUCUUUUGGGUUGGUUCAGAUGAUGCAUAUUGAUUCUGCAGAUUACACAAAAUCUAAAAAGCUAUGAAUCAGUUGGUUCAUUUGUUUAAAUUGACUCAUUUGUGCAAGCACAGAUGAUUUGGUUCAGCUGAACCAGUUGCCAUAUUUGAAUUUUGUAUAAUACGAAAGAAUAUAAAAUGCUAUGAAUUAUUUGAACAAUUUUGUUUUAGUUGGUCAAGAUGAAUCAGUUGGUUCAUUUGAAUUCUGAAAUUGUACAAAGUAUAAAGAUGUGUGAAUCAAUGAGUUUAAAUCUCAGAUCAAAUUAGCCAACUUUGAAAAGCUCGUUGAAAAAUUCGGCAACUGAACUGAAAUUAACCACUCAUCAUUUGGUUCAUCUAAAUUUUAAGAAAAAAAAAACCCCAAAAAACAACAGAAGAGAAAAUGCUAUGAGUCAGCUGGUUAAUCUAUUCAAAUGAAUCGACUCCCAAUCUGUUUCAAGCGGUUACAUGUAAAACUAAUGACCUUAUUGUAUUCAUUAUUAACAUUUUACUUUUUAAUUGUAAAAUGUUAAGCUGUGUAGACCUUCCACAUGCUAGGAAAGAGAUAGUAAUACUCACUAUCCCCAUUAGUUUAAGCUUCACCUUACUCCUGAUGUUAGAUUAUCUACUGGAUGUUUAGUAUUUAUGUGGUUUAGGUUGAGAUAUGUGAAAUGUUCAGGGUGCAGAGCGCAGCAAAGAAGAAAUCCCCUAGUGAAGCACUUCUAAAGUAUAUGGCUUCAUGAAAUUCACUUAAAGAAGCAGCUGUAGAGAUCUAGAGAAACUAUAAAAGACUUAACAAGUUUUGCUAAGAUAAAAAUUAUUGCUUAUUGCUAAAAUAAAAGAAUGUCUAUUUGUCUGUUUUACAAAAGGGUUGAAUACUCUUACGAAUAAUAAAUUAAUAUAUUUAAACAUUA